CAGGUUGUCAGCUCAAUGGACGCCAUGAAGUACUCGAUGGAAGCUGACAAGUACCGCUCCCCAUACAUGCCUCCUUCAACAUCGCUUGCCAUGUCCGCCAUGUACUCCGACCCAAAAUAUAUGGACGCUUCAUCCAAGAGCUACCUAGAACGCGGGUACUUGGACUCCACAUCGGCCCUAACCAAAGCCUACUUUGAGUCCUCGAAGAUGUACAUGGACGCCAACAAGUACAACCCUGACACCGCACGCUCGUCAUACCCUGGGUUAGACAUCGGGAAGAUGUAUUCUGAGAGCCAGCAACAACAACAACCAGGGGGGAACCAGCAGGUGCCUCUUAGCUCGCCCAGAUCCUCGGAUUCCCCCGACGUGAAGCAGACUCAAGAUCGCCUGGAAGGAGCUUCAAGCGCAAGCUCCACCACCACAUCUUCGGCAGGGGCGUCACCUGGCGGCCUGCCAGGGUACUACCCGGGAACCACCAUGCAGCAGACCACAGCAGGGUUGCUGCCCAUGUCGCAGUACACGGGGCAGUACCCGACGCAACCAGCUGGCAGCGAAUUUCGAAGGCCGCUGACAGUUAUAUUUUGACCAGAUAGAUUGUGAACGUGAAUAGUGAUAUGAAUAGGUGCGUUUUUGUAGUUCUACAAUUCUGCGUUUCCGUAGUUGGAAAACCAAUGUAGUGGUGGAUGAUUUUUGUCAACCGAAAAUUUUCCGUUUUUAGAGUUCGAGAGCAUACGCAUUGUUAAAAUCGACGUCAUAGCUGUUGUGUUUGUUGGAAUUUUUUGCGAGAUUUUCUGUAAGGACAGGGAUAGCCAAAAAAAAGAAAAGAAAACCGUAGAAAAUGGCUUGAAAUUGUUGUAUGUAAGGCCACAAGUGAAAGCUGUAAAAUGUGAUCCCGUUGACAGUUGACCACUCUAGCACGAGCUCCUUCAAGUCGCGCGAUAUUUCUGCACUGAGUGCAAACUUAGUUCAAAGUACGGACCAAAACAACAUGAAUAUUUAUGUAUGGUGUUUCAAAUCCAAACCUCACCAUUCGGAUCUCGGAAACGGUAAGAGAUACGAAGUUGCUUGAUUGGGGACAAAGUUCCGUAUUUAGGUAAAUAACAAAAUGUCGCUUAGAACGUUUCGAAAUUCAAAGAACUUCGAGAGAGAGACAGAAAAAACCAAUUUUUCCAACACCGCUUUGAUUUUUCCCGGCCAAGUAGUGUAGUGGGAUUUCAGAAUAAAUUGCACACUGACACUGCCACUUUUUCUCUUCUACAAAAUAACAAUCAGAAUUUUAACAUGACGUUUCAUCUCUCAUCUUCCAGCAUCAAUUUUAUUUUUUCUCAAACAAGUAGAGAUUUCAAAAAUGUAUAAUAUGUCAUACAUUAACAAUGCCAAGCCUUAAUUAUUUGAAAAACAUAUAAUUUCCUAGGUAUGCCCUGAAAUUAUCAGGUAGGUAGUCAUUUGUUUUGUAUAUUAGCUUUAUCGCAAAAUCAUAAUAAACUGAGCUCUAAACCAUGUCAGAGGCUUUGCCUUCAAGAUAACGGACAACACUGUGAAUAUCUGCUAUGAUUUACUUCUGCUUGUUUAUGGUUAUUAUUGUGAUUAACAUAUUACAAGAUGGCGCAGUCAAAUUUUUUAUUCGAGCUGUCUUCCUUUGACUUCCAUAUCCAACUUUGUUUUUUCAUGUGGGUGCUACAUUGGAAGGCUGUGGAUUUACAUGGAGUUUUCAGUCCUAGAUUCAGUGAUGAAAUUCCCUUAGUUGACCAAGAAUUUGUUGGUGGAAAGAAAAUUAUGAUAUGAUACCUGAACACAAAAUGAAAAUUUUAUUGACGGUAGUCACAAUAAUAAGCAUAAAUAAGCAGAGGUAGAUUAUAGCAGAUUUUCACAAUGUUGCCUGUUAUUUUGUAGGCAAAGCCUAACUCUUCUCUGUACAUUGUUCAGCGCUCAGUUUAUUAUGAUUCUGCCAUAAAUUUGGUAUAGGAAACACAUGACUAUCUGAGAAUUUCAAGGCCUACCUAAGAAAUUUCGUUUUUCUUUCAAAUAACUAUGCUUUGGCAAUGUCAAUGUAUGAUGACAUAUUAUACAUUUUUGCCGUCUAUAAGAAGAAAUAAUGUUGUUGCUGGAGGACAAGAGAUAAAACGUCAUAUUGAAAUUCUAAUUGUAUCAUUUCGUAGAGGAGAAAGAGUGGCAAUUUUCAUGUGCAAUCUAUUUUAAUAUCCCACUACGAAUAAAGUCAGGAAAAAAUGAAAACGAUUUUGGGAAAAUUCGGUUAUCUCCAUCUCUCUCUGGAAGUACUUUGAAUUUGGGAACUUUCUAAGCCGCGGUGGCGUUUUGUUAAUUACCUAAAUCAGCAAAUUUUCCCCCAUUUCUUACCGUUUCCGAGAUCCUAAUGCUGAGGGUCGAAUUUGAAACACCCGGUAUACAAUGGAAUAGCCAAUAGUCGACAGGUAAAGGCUUGGUGCUGAAAGAGUUGAUUUUUGUAUUUCAAACGAACAAUAACGCGCCCUUGAGAGGCCCUCACGAGGAUAUUUAACAAUGCAUUUCAUAGCAGGUUGUAACAGUAACAAUCAAGAUUCUCAUAAAAGUCGAAUUCUUCAUGAUCUGUAGAAUUUCAAAAAUUUUGAUUAUUCUAAAAUAAUUAAAAUUGCAAAACCCUGAAAAUCUGGCAAUUUUUUUAACUGUAAAUUUUGAACACCUUGAACAUUUUGAAAAGCUUUUAAAAUUUCAAAGUAAUGUAAAUAAAUAUCGUUUAUCCUCAAAAUGUUCAAUAUCUUGAAAUUUUUAGAAUGUUGAAAAUUUUGAAUAUUUUGGAAAAAUUAUUAGAUGUAGAAGGCUCUGAAUUUUUGAAAACAAGCUAUAAAGGCUGUUGCAACUUACUAUGCAAUGCAGAUGUUGAAACUCCACUCAAAGAUGUGUUAUUGUUCAGUUGAAGGAUUGAUCGAGCCUUAGUCGACACUCAGUACUCAAACAGAUCUGCUCGGGAACCUUGCGAUGAUAAUAUGGGAGACUCCACUCCAGGAUGAUUAGUUUGCACCCGUUCCAUUUGCUCGUUAUUUUUAAAACGUCAUCCAACCUCGAUUGUCUACAAUUAUAUCUGCGGGACUGCGUGGUGUGAGCAGGCACUUUAUGGAGCCGAACUAUAUAUAGUCCAAGCAAGGUAGAUUAAUUUUAUGGUAUGCCUUAAGGUAACAAGACAUUAUUAAUUUUUGAAUCGCUGCAAUCAAAACAAUUGUCUGCACCUGUUAAUUUCCAUCGUUAUUUAGAACUCAUUCAUAAAAUAACCAUGCUAUAUAUUGUGGAGCUGGCUGAUUUAUAGUCCAGGCACAGUAGAUUCAUUUUUCAGUAUAACCAUAUGGAAACGAGCCACUUAUUUUCGAACUGCUGUAUCCAAAACAAUUGUUUCACCUGUUAAUUUUCAUCGCUACUUAAAGCUCUUUCCGAAAAUGAUCAUGGUAUAAGUUGAUAUCGAUAGGGUGGCAGAUGCAAAAGAAAUGCAAGCAGACAAUAGCUCUGUAUUUGACUAUAGCCGAAAAAUCUGCGUUUUUCUAGUUUGAAGACCAACGCAAUGGUCGGCGAUCUUUAAUUGCCGAAAACUAUACGAUUCUGUGAUUCAAAAGAAGACAUAGUUGUCGGAAAAUUCAUCACAUUUUUGGAUAUCAGCAUCAAAUAAGUACGGGUUGCCAAAAUUAGCUUGGUCUGUUCACUCUCCCAGUGUCUCUGUACAUAAAAUAUACGUUGUAAUUCCAUCAUACCUCAUUUAUCGUUUAGAUACAAAAAGCAAAUAUAGCUGAUUCUAUUGGAGGAAAAUACUUUGCAUUUUUUCGAAAAGAUCUGUUUUGCAAAAAUGUCGUAUGUUAUUUUACUCGCAAUACUUUUUAUAUUCAAAAAAGAAAGGAAAUAGGGAAUAAAAGGAUGAAUGCAAAAAACCAAAAAAAUAUUUAAUUUUCUGUGAAGUAUUUUUGACGGAGAACCCCUUCAUAUUUCCAUAUUUCUUGUUUUAACUUAAAAAUUGAUGAGAUCUGGUAGAAUUACAGGGGUACAUUUUAUGAUAUACGGGUAUUGGGGAGCCUUAAGAUCGGUUCCCUUAAAAACAAGAGUUAAGUAGUGGACGAGUGUACUUGUUCACGACUAAUUUUGGAUAUUCACAACAUUUUGCGGCUCGAGCUGGAUUUGUCAAACAGUACGACAAUCAAAAACGAAAAUACAAACGAGGUGUUUAUCGGAUGUGAGUUACACCAUUUUUUCAAUUCUCUUGAUCGGCAAGAAAAGUAUUUCACUAGGGCGGAUCAUGGGAGUCAUAUUUUUUCGAUUCUGUUGAGAACCAAAUCAAUGUUUCUCAAAAUUUACACCUAUUGUUCCAUUUGAAGCCAGAAACGUGAUUUCAGGAUCUACAUUGUACUUGUACCUUUAGAUUUCCCGUCAACGUGUCUUAGGUACCUUAUUGGCCCAAGCCCUUCAGCUUUAAUCAUGGCCAACUUCAAUUUGAAUGUUGUUACCUGACGUCACAGUAGCUGGGGCAGUUAGUGACAACCUUGUUCUGACAUCCUUGGAUGGAUACUGCAUAAAAAUACUAGUUUUGGAUCGUAAUUUUCACUAUGUUUCAUUUUCGUGAAUUUUUUUCUGUGAUUGGGUUUCCUUAGCGUUUAAAUCUAGUUAUACUCCUAUAGCGGCAUGAGUACUUAAAAAGCUGCAAUUAUGUAUCAAACUCACUACAAACGUAUACGAUAUAGUAUUGAAAUUUUCUUGAUGAUAUUUCUAAGAAUAAACAAGAGCUAUGUGCUUUAUCAUUGUAUAAAAAUUUGCUUGAUGUUCUCACCUUUUCUGAGGGUUUUGUGUUUUCAUAUUUUCACGUUUAAUGCCCUUAAAUUUUCGUGACAAUAUUCCGUAACACCCCGUGAAUGUUAUCUCGUUCCGCAUUUUAUAAACUCAAAAAGAUUUAUCAACUUUAUUUGUUCCAACAAAAACAAUUUUAUGCAUAAAAUAGUCAGUUCAAUUAUAAAUACACACCAAUAUGAUACCAACACUACUAAAAUAGUUUCAAGUAAAAUCUACAUGAUAAAACUUCGGAUGUCAACGACUUUGCACACAGUUCUUUUUAUGAAGGUGAAAUAUUAUCGACGAGAAAAUGUAUAGAGAACUGCACACGCAAUAUGUAAAUUACUGUAAAUAAAGUUUAGUUAUAUGUACAGAUAUAAAUGUGCUUUUAGACAAUAGCCGGAAAUAUUUAAAUUAAUUUGGAGUUGCCGCAUACUAGGCCACCAGUGGCGACCACUAUUCUACGCAACUUGUGGCCAAGUCACAGCAUAUACGGGGGUAAUCCCAAAAGUGUGGUCUUACAUUUUUAUUAAAAUUAACAAAAAGCAUUUACCUCCAAUAAUUGAUAUGUCAUUGCAAAGCUUAAACAUUUAUCUAUAUUUCUACAAUUUUUGUGAACGCUGUGACAGUUUUUGUAUGUCGAUGUCAUACCAGUUCGCCGCCGUCAAAAACUGAAUCGCCUUGUCAAAUGUUCUGUCAACUUAGGGGACAGGUGCAGGUGGUAGCUGCUUGAGCAGCAAAAUAUUCUCAAUAGAGUUCUCGUCUCUUCGACAAUGGGUGGCGUGUUUUUUUACUCCUUAAAUCAGUCCUACAUUUCUUCUACCACCGCUUUAAGAAGGUAGCAACCAUGCUUCUAACUGGUUGACUGGGCCUGUAAGCCUAACCUGUCCCCUCUGAAUUCUGCUAUAUGAACGCCGAUAUUCCAAAAUAUAUACCAACAUAAAUGACGGUAAGACCUAGGCAAAUAGGUAAACAUGAUGAAAACUGCAAAAACACUAUUCAUCAUACAUAUGAGGUUUUAUUUAUAAAACGAUAGAACACCAGUAUCAAUAGGUGAGAAGAUCCUUUACAACCAUAUGCACCACAUAAUAAUAAUGGACACCACUAUUCAAACAGUACAGACACUACAUGUUCAAGAUUUUCACCUUCAUGAGGUAAAGCGGUAAACGUAAGAUCAAUUGUAUCCAUGAGGAAAAACAAAAACGAACACAUUCCAUUUUAUUCACAUGUUUUGAUAAUAGAAGCCACUUGGAUGCACCAAUUCAAGGACGGGCAAACCAGUCUGAUCAGAACGGCGCUUCUACGUACAACCACAGCCGACGUCAACUACGAGCCGUGAUGAAAGAAAGGCAACACCGCGCUCGGACGGCAUGGUAGUGCUACCUGUGAACGUCGGCCGCCAGCGGCUGUGUGCUCCGUCUCCGUGUAACGUUCAAGAACUAAAUUUAAUUUUGGAAAAGAGGACAGUUCGAUUCGAUACAAAUCAUCUGAAUAUGAAAUAGCUCUAAAAAAUUUAAAAAUACGAAAUAAUCGUGAUAUAUAUGAGUCGCUAAUGCAGUUAACCUAAUUAAAAGUAUUUAGUUUACGUUUUUUGGUGUCAGCACACUGUGUUCCAACAGGCCCAGCUUGGAAAUGUGGAGUUACCCGUUUGUUUUUAAUACAUUUACUUUCAGUUUUACUGUUAUUUUUCAAUUUUACAUAAUCAUUCAAAAUUAUGUUUGAAAAAAUAGACAAAAGCUUAGAUAAAAUAUCUGCAAAACUGCAGCCACAGAUGCAAGUUAAAGAAAAUUCACUGUAUAUAAAGUCAGACUGAAUGCUGAGCAAGGUUAACUGACACAAAAUAAAUUUUUGAUUAUUGCUUUAUUCAAGAAGAAAAUUUCCAAUCUAUCUACAUUAAUAAUAGAUUCAAAAAUGGCAUACAUAUGGUAGAAUAUGAUUGGUACAUAACUGGUUGGAAUUGACAGUCCUCCUCUUUGCAAAUGAUCAAAAUAAACAUUUGUUGUUAAUGAACCUUUUUCUUUAACUAUUAGCGAUUUGCUUAUCUCGCAGUUUAGGUUUUUAGAGAUAGCGUGUGAAGCAUAUCCAGAUAUAUAAGUCUUAGUACUAUCCUCUAUGUCACAAUUGGCUAAGUAAUUUGUCUCAAAUACUUCAUUGAAU